AUGGACGUGGUUGGUGCUUUCCUUCGAGAAGCUAAUGGAACGGAUCUAUCCCUCAUCGUGGUGGCUGCUGCGGGAGGCGUCUUGAACUACAUCAGUGGUUUUCACAGGCCGUUUUCACUUACCGACACCGACAUCGCGUAUCCCAACAAGCCGGACAUCGUGUCGCUACCGGUCCUAAUCAUUGUCGCUCUUGUUCUUCCUGCAGCCAUUAUUGCUCUGGUGAACCUUUUCACGGCGGCAGUCUUUGAAUCUCCCUCUCGACCGCAUCGCUUUCGCAAAACAUUGUGGGAAAUUCACGUGGGAUGGCUGGGUCUCUGUGCGGGUCUGGCCGUCACGCUGUUUGUGACGUCGGGCUUGAAGGAUAUGGUUGGAAAGCCUCGACCACACCUGCUCGCGGUGUGCCAGGCAGACACAUCUCGGAUCUCUGAGUUCACCGUGGGCGGCUUCGGGGUCUCUCUGGACUCUGAAGCCGCGGCCCUCGUGAGUUCGGGCAUCUGCCAACAAUCCGACAAGCGACAACUCGACGAUGGCUUUGCCGCCUUUCCGUCUGGCCAUUCGUCUUUCUCAUCGGCUGGAAUGGUCUAUCUAAGCUUGUGGCUGUGUGCGCGCUUUUCGCUGUCGAUACCUUACCUCGACCUAUCCAUCGAUCAACUCAGACAAGGAGUUGGGAAACAACAGAUGGUCGCGUCGGCACGGACCAGACAAGCAGCUCCCCCGAUGUGGCAGUUUGCGCUCGCGUUUGCGCCUAUUGUGGCGGCUCUGUUCAUAUGCUCCAGCAGAUAUGCCGACUUUCACCACUCCGGCUUUGACAUUAUUUGUGGUGCUGUAAUCGGAUCGGUCUUUGGAUGGGCUAGUUUUAAGUUCUAUCAUCUGCCGAUCCGCAGAGGGCACGGGUUGCUCACUUGGGGGCCGAGAGCCAGGCGCCAUGCUUGGAUCUACUACAGGGAAGAAGACGAAGUUGCUGAAGACCGGGGAGGAGUUUUGGACUACGAAUUGGGCGCCUAUGGCCCAGGCACUGCGGGAAGAGUACAAACAGGCUCGUCUGGUCACCCCAUUCUACCUUAG